CAGAGCAAAACCUCGCGGAACACCAAAUAGUUUUCCCAUUCUCUUUCUCUCUAUCCACGCCCACCACGAUUUAUAUGGAUAGUGUUCUCCUCUUCUUCUACAAAUAAUCUAAUCCUCCACGACUUUGUUCCGUGUCUCUCUCUUCUGUCUUCUGCCGCCAAACCCAACUCCCCUGGAACAACCUUAUUCAGACACUAUCCCAACCCUCCCCCCAUCUUGUUCAAAUAAUCCGGAUCCUCCGAUCCGCCCCACCCCGAACCCACCGCUGAUCCGAUCCGACUCCCACCAUGACGCGGCGGUGCUCGCAUUGCAGCCACAAUGGCCACAACUCCCGCACGUGCCCCAACCGCGGCGUCAAGCUCUUCGGCGUCCGCCUCACCGACGGCGGCAUCAGGAAGAGUGCUAGUAUGGGCAAUCUGACCCACUAUGCCGGGUCCGGUUCCGGCCUGCUCCAUAACAACCCGGACUCUCCCGGCGAGGCUGCCGAUCACUCCGGCGCCGCUGACGGUUAUGCUUCUGAGGACUUCGUGCCCGGAUCGUCUUCCAGCUGCCGGGAACGUAAAAAAGGCACCCCAUGGACAGAGGAGGAACAUAGGAUGUUUUUACUUGGACUACAGAAACUUGGUAAAGGUGAUUGGCGUGGAAUCGCUCGCAAUUAUGUUAUUUCAAGAACACCUACUCAAGUGGCUAGCCAUGCUCAGAAAUAUUUCAUUAGGCAGUCUAAUGUAUCACGGAGAAAAAGACGUUCUAGCCUGUUUGAUAUAGUAGCAGAUGAUUCAGUUGAUACUCCAAUGGAACCACUGGACUUCUUACCUGAAAACCAUGUAGAAGAUGAUACUGAAAGCAACCACCCAUUGCCUGCUCCUCCAGCUUUGGAUGAAGAAUGUGAAUCAAUGGCAUCUACCAACUCAGAUGGAGAACCUUCCCCUCCAAAGGCUGAUAACUCACAGUCAUGUUAUCCAGUGAUGUAUCCCACUUAUUUCUCACCUUUUCCAUUUCCUUUUCCAAUGUGGCCUGGAUACAGUACUGAGCCAACUAAGGUGGAUACACACGAGGUCCUUAAGCCAACUGCAGUACAUUCAAAGAGCCCAAUUAAUGUUGAUGAGCUAGUAGGCAUGUCGAAUCUGAGUAUAGGAGAGCCUAAAGGUCAAGCCGGUCCGUCCUCGCUCUCACUAAAUCUUGUUGAAGGGUCCUCUAGGCAAUCGGCUUUCCAUGCAAAUCCAAGUUCUGGCAGUUCAAAUAUGAAAUCAGGUUCUGGAUAGUGGAGACUUUUGGCUUCCAAGUUGGGGACUAUGUAGGGUACCUGUUGUGAGCAGAACCUUUUAUCAGGCUGAGGUGCCUCAUAUACUUGCGUGCAAGAAGUCGGGAGUUCGCCCCGCUGCACGAAAUAAUGAAAACAGCGUCAUAGGAGUUCGGUACUAAUAAAAAGUGGCAAUUCCUUUGCACCCAUUACAGACUUGGAGACCCUCUCUUUCCCCCCCAGCUACAAAGGAGUUGAAACAAUAAUUUCAUUCUCCAAACUCUUGAUCUUUUUAUACUUUUAAGGUGCUGAAUAGAGGAGUGCAUUGCUGUUACAUAUUGAAAAUCAUUAAAGUUCUGUCAAUAGUAUCAAUAAUCUAAAAU